GUAUCGGCUUGCAGCUGGACCGUUGCCACCAGAUGCGAGUCCCGCCUGCUGCACCUACGAGUUCAGUGUUCGGCUGCGCUUUCCCAACGAGUUUGAGAUGUACCAUUUCGUGGCCAUGUUGCGACGAUGCGUCCGAGUAGAUCACUACCAGCAGGCCUCGAAGAUGCUGGAGUAUCAAAAGCAACAAACUGCAGCCGCCGUUCCACGGCAACGGCAGCUCUACAAAUCCGGCGGACAGCUGGAAGUGCUGUUGGUUGAGGCUCGUCGCUUGAAGCCUUUGCAGUCAGCGUUGAACACGGUGUUGCAAUCCGACCCCAUUGCUCUCUAUGAGUCGUGGUCCAAGGGUCGAACAGAAGGAGAUCCAUCGCAGUCGAAUCAGAUGCUGGGCCCGGACUAUUUGCCAGAACUGAUGGGAACUACGGAUGGACGGAUGCCGAAGCAGACACCCAACGGCAGCCCCAUCGCUACCUUUGUGAACUUCCGGAUGCUGCAUCCAACAGAGGCAGCUCCGGGAGAAAAACCUGGCCGACCGGAGGUUGUUCCCUACCGUGGACAAAAAGUACAAAUCUCGUCGGUUAUCAACGGGACCGAUUCGCCGGUCUGGGCCCGGGAGUCGGAACUGGAGGCAGCAGGAGGCUGGACGUUCCGAACUGGCAUGAUCGAUCCUGACAAGUUUCCCAGACUGCUGCUGGAGUUUGAGGUGAUGCAAGCAGCCGUUUUUUCGGCUACAAGAAUUGGUCUCAUCCAAAUUCCAGUGACCGAGGAGCAGUUCCUGACGAAUCCGGAGCAGCGCUUCAAGAACCUUUGGCUCCCGCUGGUGAACAUCAAAGACGGUCAGCAAACCCCCAACAUCACUGGAGAGAUUCAUGUGAUGACACAUUGGCUACCGGCAGAGAUGAAACAGGUCUUCUCCGACGGCAGGGAAAAGAUGCAGCUGUCGACCAGGCAAAUGUUCAACAAGCAGAUUUGGCACAAGGUCUCGCAGAAAUGCAUCAGGGAGCCCAUCUAUGGCACAGAGGCGUUGUACUUUCGCAAUGUCUACAACCCCAACUCGGUGCGAGUCAAUGGCGAAAAGGUGGAGGCGGAGACCUUCAAAAAUACCUUCCGGCGCCAUGUGGAGGAGCUCAGCCAUGCAGUGCCUUACUUGGAAUGCCUGGAGCGCCGUCAGCUGAAUGCCUGGAACCUCUUCAAGGCACCCAUCAUUUCAGCUGUUUUGAACACCUGA